AUGCGCUUCAGUAUUUCUGUCGCCCUACUCUCCGUCUUGGGCGUCAGCGCUCUGCCCACUCGCCGCGACCCUCCCGGAGGCGGCCUGCACAACCCCGUGGAACCUCCAGGAGGCGCCGUCGCCGUCCGCAACGCCGGCACCCCUACGCCCCUGACUGCGGCCAAUCUCGUCCGCGUUACCCGGCGACAGGUCGAUGUGGAUCCUGGUCUCGGCGCUGACGAUUAUUAG